ACACUCUGACAGCUUGAACAAGACAAGAUUUUCUGCUGAGGAAAGUAAAGUUUCACUCUCAGCUUUUGGUGAGCUGUUUGUACGAUCACGCCAAACAUUAGUCUUCCUUCGUUGGUAUGUUCGUCGCGAUGUAGAUAGAAGAUGGUUCUUACACAAGAGUAUCGUGUUUGCUUGCCAGUAUCCGUGGACGAGUAUCGUAUCGGACAGUUGUAUAUGAUUGCCAAGCAUAGCUUGGAGCAAAGUGACGAAGGAGAUGGCGUGGAAAUCGUAAAGAACGAGCCCUGCGAGGAUCCUGUUCAUGGCACUGGGCAGUAUACGGAAAAACAUAUCCAUAUAUCAAACAAAUUGCCAGGGUGGAUCCGUCCUUUCAUCCCCAAGUUUAUUCACAUCAUUGAGAAAGCAUGGAACUAUUUCCCCUACACGCUCACAGAGUAUGAAUGCUCCGUUGUACCUCGGUUUAGCGUGAAGGUCGAGACGCGUUAUGAAAACAAUAACGGCUCGUCGCCCAAUGCAUUGAGCGUUCCCGAAUCCGGUCUCGACCGGCCUGUCCAUUUCCUGGACAUUGCCCACGAUGAGGUUGCAGAGAAGAGUUACAAGGAGGAAGAGGACUGUCGCGUGUUCAAGUCCAAGAAGACCGGCCGUGGCCCGCUGUCUGAGAAAGACUGGAAGGAUCACGUGUCACCCGUCAUGUGUUCCUACAAGCUCGUGACUGCGACGUGUGGAAUCUGGGGUGUCCAGGGCAAGAUUGAGAACAAAGUCCACGAGCAAAUCCGUGAGAUUCUACUGCUGGGACACCGACAAGCAUUUGCCUGGAUUGAUGAAUGGCAUGGCAUGACGCUUGAUGAUGUCCGUGAGUAUGAGAAAAAAACGAAUGAGCAGACAAAUGCGAAAACAACUGGAAAGUAGGGCCACUGGAAAGCCUUAAUUCUUCACUCACAUAAUUAUGUAAAUCCUUCAUCCAAUGAAAAUCAUAGUUCGUUUUAUUAUAUUUGAAUAGAAGCCCCAUCGAAUCCUUUGAUAUAACCGUUAUUUAUUAGUAUUAUGGCUCUGCCACUCUGAUCAUGCAGACAACUGUGUUGCCUGCCUUGCUACUAUUGUUUGCAAUCCUCGCUGACAGGGUUUACGACUUAGAAAGUCAUGUCUAAGAAGUCCAACGCUUAUCGCGUGCAGCGAUGCGAAUGCUUCUUUCUUUCCUCCCUGCUGCCAUUUAAACUCAUGUUGGUCCUCCUGUCCUCUCUUUCUCUCACUUGUUUUUGGCAUUGUGCCACAGCUUUCUUUGCUGAGAUGUCCAAGAGUUUCACGUUGUAGUUGAGUUGAUUUAUUCAGACUGUUGCAUAGCUUUUACAGUCUCAUA